UCGCCGUAGCGGUGGUGCGCGCCGUGGCCAUGGCAGCGGGGGGCCGCGGUGCCGCCGCCGCCGCGCUGCUCAUGGCGGUGUCGGUGGCGCUGCCUCCCGCCCGCGCCUUUUCCGUCCCGCUCCAGCGCCCCGCCGCCUGCGCCACCGACCGCUACUUCGACAGCUCCCGCCUGGCCUGCGCGCCCUGCGGAGCCCACCAGCGGCAGAGCGCCGGCGGUAGUUCCUGUGUAUGUGAGCCAGGAUACAGGAUGGUUUCCAGUAAUGGUGGGUUCUCUGUUACUUGUGAAAAAUGCCCAGAAAAUAUGAGCGGAGUUACUCAGGAUGGGUGGAAUUGUAUUACUUGCCCUAAAGGCCUGACUUUGGAAGGAAAAUGUAAAUGCCCCAAUAAUGAAAUAUUAGUGGAAAGAAGCAUCGAUGGCAUCUUGCUUAACGAAGCAUUGUGCAUACAUUGUAAUGGAAGUGAGCAGUCCUUCUCUGCUUCAGAUGCAUCAGGAAGUAGGUGUGUGAGAUGUGAAAAAACAUUCAUCCAUGUAAGCAAGUCUUGUGACUGCAGCAGCCCAAACAUUCUGACCGGGGGAUUGUGUUUCUUUGCUCAGGAAAGUUUACCCCCAAAGGGAGUUGCAACUGUUCGUUUUGCACAGCUAGGUAUAACACUGACAUCUGCGUGGUUUCUGAAAAACCUGCAGUCCUCAGCCUUUGCCUGUUGGUUGUACUCAAAUGUAACAGCAUGCCAAGCUCUUGGAAAUAUGUGUGUGAUGAAUAUGAACUCAUUGAGUUCUUCAAGUACUGAUGCCUGUGGUUUAUUUCAAUAUAUUUUUAUCGGUACAGCAAGACUAGGCAUCAUUCAUUCAAUAGCCUACUGGAGGCAUAAUCUUCCAUGGCUGUAUUAUGGUGAUCAACCAGGAUUAGCUUCUCAAGUGCUUGAGAAAAAUCAUUUCCCUACAACCUUCAGUUUUAAAGGAAGAGAUAAGGAUGUGAAGCUGCAAUUUAUUGCAGCCUCGUUUGAUGCAGCAGGAAACUUUCUUAAAUGGCAAAGUUUGGAAGGAGGCAUCUUACAGCUUUGUCCUGAUACAGAAACUAAAUUGGAUGCAGCUUAUACAUUUGGAACAACUUACCAACAAAGUUGCAAAAUUUCAGUUUCUAAGAUUUUAUUGGAUUUUGCUAAUCCAAUCUUUUAUGACCUGUUCCUUGAAUAUAAUGACGACAAUGGACAACAACAUCUUUGGGCUGUGCCAGUUUUAAAUUUGAAUCUUCAGUACAACGAAAAGUUUGUUAAUCAAGGUACUAAUAUGAACAACUGGCUUUUGACUCGUCGAUUUUUUUUGGUGGAUACGCUUAGUGGAAAAGAGACUGACUUGGGAAAACCACCAAGGGUAAUUCGGAUUGCUACCGAAAUAGCAAUAAGUAUUCGUCUGGUAUCCCAUAUGCAGAGAGGAACCAUCUACCCUCCUCUAAUUUCUAUUGCUUACACGGAUGUGCUUGUCCAAAACCCUGAAAUCCAGAGUGUGAUGGUUUCAUUCUCAGUCAAUUAUGAGAUGGAUCAGUCAGAGGCUCGGAUUCAGACUGAUGUUGCAUUGGGUGUGUUGGGUGGGCUUGCAGUGUUAUGGUCCCUUCUCAAGACUGCGGGCUGGAAGAGGCGUACAGGAAGCUCUAUAAUUGACUUGCAGACAGUUUUCAAGUUCUUACUGUUUUAUGCUGGAGACCUUGCCAACGUUUUCUUUAUCAUCACAGUGGGCACAGGGAUUUAUUGGCUUGUAUUCUUCAAAGCUCAGCAGUUUGUCUCUGUCCUUUUACCACUUCCAUCUCAAGAAGAAGAUUUUGUUACAUACGUAGCAUGUGCAUUUAGUUUAAAGGCUCUGCAAUUCUUACAGUUGCUGAUUUCACAACUUACUGUAGAUAUUUUCUUUAUUGACUGGGAAAGACCUAAAGGCAAAGUUCUUAAGGCAGUUGAAGGUGAAGGUGUUAUUAAAAGUGCUGCUGCACCUGUGAGCAUAUGGAGGACAUAUUUUAUAGCAAAUGAAUGGAAUGAGAUUCAGACAGUGAGGAAGAUAAAUCCCCUCUUUCAAGUGCUUGCAGUUCUUUUUUUUUUGGAGGUGGUAGGAUUUUCAAACCUGGCUUUAAUGGAUGCUUCUUCCAGUCUUACAAGAAGCAGUGAGAGCUACGUAGCUCCUUGGAGCCGCAUUUUAAGAUUUGGUGUGUCUGUUGCACUCUGGAUAGCCAUUGCCAUCCUACAGGUUAUAUUUUUUUCUGUGUUUUAUGAAAGAUUUGUUGAAGAUAAGAUCAGCCAAUUUGUUGACUUGUGUUGCGUGAGCAAUAUUUCAGUGUUUCUCUUGUCACACAACUGCUUUGGUUAUUAUAUCCACGGUCGCUCAGUGCAUGGACACGCAGAUACCAAUAUGGAAGAAAUGAAUAUGAACCUAAAGAGAGAAGCAGAAAAUCUGUGUAGUCAGAGAGGUUUGUUACCGAACACAGAUGGGCAGACAUUUCAAAUUUCCAUUUCAAGAAAAAUGCGACUGCACUAUGACUGGAUUCAUGAAACCCUAACAAGAAAACGUGGUCCUGCAAGGCUUUUGGAGUCAUCUGCAAAUACCUUCGAACAAAGCACAAGGGCGUACAACACCAUGAACAAAUUUCUCGGUUCUUUUAUUGAUCACGUUCAUAAAGAAAUGGAUUAUAUUGUUAAAGAUAAGUUGCUGCUUGAACGGAUUCUUGGCAUGGAGUUCAUGGAACCAAUAGAGAAAAGUAUUUUUUAUAAUGAUGAAGGACACUCUUUCAUUGAUGUUCUCUACUAUGGAAAUGAAACAACGCUGCUCAUUUUCGAUAUCCUGUUUUUCUCCGUUGUGGAUCUGGCUUCCCAAAGUUUUGUUUUAGCAGCUAUUCUGACAUAUUUGCAACAAGAGAUAUUUAGGUUUAUCCGUAAUACACUUGGGCAGAAGAAUUUGGCAUCCAAAACCUUGGUGGAUGAAAGAUUUCUCAUUUAAUUAAGAAGAUGAAAAAUUUCGUUGAGGAGUUAAUUGUGGAAAUUAUGUCCAUGAUCAAAGCAUCUCUGAUCUGCAGAUUAUUUGUACAGCAUUUUCAAUAAUAAUAAUGUAAUGGGUUUGAAAUGUGUCGGGUUUUAUACUGUGUAGUAGUAAGCUUUAUUUUUCUGUAUUUACAGAUUUAUUUUUAAUUUGUGAACACUGAGACAUAGGCCUUUAAAAGGAAAUGUACAUGCAAAUAAGACAGAAGUAAACUUACUGUAGUUAUUUUUAGAAUAAGAUAACAAUUAGUUAUUGGCUUUUGAUAAUAUAUGGACCAGUCACUUUGAGGCAAUAAUUUGAGCAUCGGUUGACAGGAGAGGUUGUCAACUCUGAAGUUGUCUGAAAAUACCUUAAAUCUUUUUUUUUAUUUUUUUUAAAUUUAUUUUGAGGUGUAAUUGAGCAAACAUAUUUCCAGUUUUACACAGCACAGGAUUUGUUCUGAAUUAAGUUAAUCUUUCAGGAGGACAUUUUAAAGAUCACUUAUUUGUGGUGACUCCAGUUUAAAAUUUUAACUUUUUCUUAUUGUGUCAUAGUAUUGUAUGCUUCUGUGUCUUCUCUUGGAGUUUACCAUUGUUUUUCUUGGGUGUGGCCUACACAUGACAUCCCAUGUGUUUGAGAUCCAGUGGUGUUAUAGUGAUGGAGAAAAACAGGCCAGUUAUAAUAGAGCAGAGGAGACAGUUAUCUGCAUUUGGGGUUUGUUCCUGAUCUUCUGUCAUCUGAUGCAAGAUGCUCAGGGGAAAAACAGUAAUUAUUCUGUUCAGUUUUUCUGCACAAGGGAAGUUGAAGCAAUUGUUCGAUCAUUUUAGAAGUGUUUACACAUGUGCUCAUGUACCUUUGUCUCUCUUAAUUUUCUGACUUUAUUAUCUUUGGAUAUAACACAAAGACCAUAAUUGUUUUACGGUCAUCAUAUUUUUGGCAUUUAGACAAGUUAAUAAUUAUUCAAGUGCCACUUAUUCAGUGUUAAGGGAGAUUAUGAAUGGCUUUCAAAUCACCUUAAAAUGAGAUGCCUACUUCCCAUUUUUACCACUGAAAAGUCUCCCUACCUUUUUUAUACUUCAAAUUUUUUCAAUAAAUGGUUAAACAUGAA